CCUGAUUUUUCCGAGAACACCUUUACUUUCUAAAGUUUGAGCCACCAUAUCUCUCAACUCCGUGUCCUCUUCCGCCGACAUUUUGAAUUUUGUCCCGUACCCAGGCCUUACCGAGUUUAUUCGGAUUCCGAACUCAUGACGGAAUCUAACGAAAAGACACGUCGGAUUACGAGUUCCCGGAUGCCCGCCAAAUUUGUUACUCACGUGUGUCUAUUUCGGUCGUCCGCCAUUUUCUGGAAGAGACAAGAAGAACACUUCAUCCACUCCGUCGGAAAUCAUGGCUGUCCAACCUUGUCAACAGUUUUCUCUAGAUGGAGCGGCAGAACAAGGCUUCCUUGCAUUUUAUCGAUCAUUACCUGAGAAACCAGAGACAACCUUCCGCGUUUUUGAUCGCUCGGAUUAUUACACUGUUCAUGGUCCUGAUGCAUCAUUUGCUGCUAAAGAAGUCUUUAAGACUGCAAGUGUCAUUAAAUAUCUUGGGGCAGGAGAGAAGAAGGUUCCAUCAGUCAUUUUAAGCAAAAUGAAUUUUGAGAGCACAGUGCGCGACCUGCUGUUGGUACGUCAGUACAGAGUGGAAAUGUACCGUGCAAGUAAAGGAGGAAAGAAUACGUCAGCAUGGGAACUAGUUGCCAAGGCAUCUCCUGGAAAUUUGCAACAGUUUGAAGAUAUCCUCUUUGGAAACAAUGACAUGUCUGUGUCUGCAGUUGUCAUGGCAAUCAAGCUUGGUACAGAGAAUGGCCAAAGGAUUGUGGGUGCCUCAUAUGCAGAUGCUGCAGCAAGAAAGCUUGGAGUCUGCGAAUUUGUAGAUAAUGAUCAGUUUUCUAAUCUAGAGGCUUUGCUGGUCCAACUUGGUCCAAAGGAAUGUUUACUGCCACAACAUGACACAAGUGCUGAUGCAGCAAAAAUGCAGGAAGUGAUUCGGCGAAGCAAUAUUCUGAUAACUGACAGGAAGAAAGCUGAGUUUUCCAACAAAGAUGUGGUUCAAGAUCUGAACAGGCUUUUGAAGCUGGGCACAGCUGGAAACAGUGCAACACUAGCUGAGAUGGACUUGACACAAGCUACAUCUGCCCUAGCAGCCUUAAUUAAAUACUUGGAGUUUCUUGCAGAUGAGUCAAACUUUGGCCAGUUUCAUCUGAGUACAUUUGACCUUACACAAUUUAUGAAGCUUGAUGCUGCAGCUGUCAGGGCUCUUAAUCUUCUUCCCAACCCUUUAGAUGGAGGGAACAAGAGUAUGUGUUUGAUUGGUCUUUUGAAUAAGUGCAAGACAGCUCAAGGACAGAGAUUGGUGGCACAGUGGGUUAAACAACCUCUGAUGGACAAGAACAAAAUAGAGGAAAGACUUGAUAUAGUUGAAGUGUUCUUUGACGACACAGAAUUGAGACAAACAAUCCAGGAAGAACUACGUAAAGUCCCUGAUUUUUCUAGAUUGGCCAAAAAAUUCCAGAGGCAGAAAGCAAGUUUGCAGGACUGUGUAAGGGUGUACCAGGCCCUCCAUAGACUUCCCUCUUUCACAGACAUUCUCACAAGCUAUCAAGGAAACCACAAUGAACUUAUAAACGAAUGCUUCACAACACCCUUACAGGAUCUUGUACAGGAUUUUCAAAAGUUUACUGAAUUGGUGGAGACCACAGUAGACCUGGAUCAAGUAGAAAAUCACGAAUAUUUGAUCAAGGCUUCCUUUGACGAAGGACUGCAAGAAUGCAGAGAAAAGAUGGACGAGAUUUUAGAGCAGAUACCAGUGGAACUGAAUAAGGCUGCCAGAGACCUAGGUCUUGAAGCAGGAAAGUCAAUAAAAUUGGAGUCUAAUAACCAGUUUGGUUAUUUCUUUAGGAUAACAAAAAAAGAGGAAAAAGCAUUGCGAAACAGCAAGCGCUACACCACAAUAGACACAAGGAAGGAUGGCAUCAGAUUCAACAAUUCCACCUUACGGCAACUCAAUGAGCAGUUCCAAGCAUUUAAAGAAACCUACAAUGAUGUGCAAAGUAAACUUGCUAAUGAAGUCAUCAAAGUGGCUGGUACGUCCAGAAACCUUGUAGAUAUUUUGUCUAAACUUGUUUUGUUUACAGAGGAAAGACUUGAUAUAGUUGAAGUGUUCUUUGACGACACAGAAUUGAGACAAACAAUCCAGGAAGAACUACGUAAAGUCCCUGAUUUUUCUAGAUUGGCCAAAAAAUUCCAGAGGCAGAAAGCAAGUUUGCAGGACUGUGUAAGGGUGUACCAGGCCCUCCAUAGACUUCCCUCUUUCACAGACAUUCUCACAAGCUAUCAAGGAAACCACAAUGAACUUAUAAACGAAUGCUUCACAACACCCUUACAGGAUCUUGUACAGGAUUUUCAAAAGUUUACUGAAUUGGUGGAGACCACAGUAGACCUGGAUCAAGUAGAAAAUCACGAAUAUUUGAUCAAGGCUUCCUUUGACGAAGGACUGCAAGAAUGCAGAGAAAAGAUGGACGAGAUUUUAGAGCAGAUACCAGUGGAACUGAAUAAGGCUGCCAGAGACCUAGGUCUUGAAGCAGGAAAGUCAAUAAAAUUGGAGUCUAAUAACCAGUUUGGUUAUUUCUUUAGGAUAACAAAAAAAGAGGAAAAAGCAUUGCGAAACAGCAAGCGCUACACCACAAUAGACACAAGGAAGGAUGGCAUCAGAUUCAACAAUUCCACCUUACGGCAACUCAAUGAGCAGUUCCAAGCAUUUAAAGAAACCUACAAUGAUGUGCAAAGUAAACUUGCUAAUGAAGUCAUCAAAGUGGCUGGAGGUUACAGUGAACCGAUGCAACUGUUAAGUGACAUCUUUGCACAGCUUGACGCCUUGAUAAGCUUUGCACAUGUCUCUGCUAAUGCACCCAUUCCAUACGUUCGUCCUAAAAUCACCCCUAAAGGGGAAGGACACAUGAAGCUUGAGAUGGCGAGACAUCCCUGCCUUGAAGUUCAAGAUGACGUGGCGUUCAUUGCAAAUGAUAUUGCAAUGGAAAGAGGUGACAAGGAAUUCUUGAUCAUCACUGGUCCAAACAUGGGAGGGAAGUCCACUUACAUCAGGCAGACUGGGGUGAUUGUACUGAUGGCACAACUUGGAUGCUUCGUGCCAUGUAGCUCGGCCGAGAUCUCCAUCACAGACUGCAUUUUAGCUCGAGUGGGGUCUGGAGACAGCCAGUUAAAAGGCGUAUCAACAUUUAUGUCUGAAAUGUUGGAAACUGCUUCAAUAUUGAGGUCUGCCACAGAGAAUUCACUUAUCAUUAUUGACGAAUUAGGAAGAGGAACAUCAACGUAUGACGGCUUUGGACUUGCCUGGGCAAUUUCACAAUAUAUAGCCACCAAGAUCAAGUGUUUCUGUUUGUUUGCGACUCAUUUCCACGAGCUCACAGCCCUUGCGGAUGAAGUUACUACGGUGAGAAACCUUCAUGUUACUGCAAUGACCUCCAGUGGAACGCUGACGCUUCUGUACAAAGUUAAACCUGGCGUUUGUGAUCAGAGCUUUGGUAUUCACGUUGCAGAACUGGCGCACUUUCCAACAAGUGUCAUUGAUUUUGCCAGGCAAAAAGCAGCGGAACUAGAAGACUUUCAAGGCAGUACGGCGCAGUUAGGUGAUGGAGUGUUAGAUUCAGAGACUGGUACAUCGCCCGCAAAAAGACGGCGCCUGGCCAAGCAGGACGGUGAAGAAAUUAUCAAAGAGUUUCUCGGUCAAGUCGCAAAGUUGCCAGUCGAAACCAUGACGGAAAAGCAAACAGCCUGUGAAGUGUCGAAAUUAAAGGAACAGGUCCUGGCCAGAAAUAACCCUUACAUCCAAGAACUUCUUGUCAAAAUAACUGAAUUCCUGAACAAUUUAAUUGUCAAUGCUUUUUUUUAUGUUCUUCCAGGCGUUUGUGAUCAGAGCUUUGGUAUUCACGUUGCAGAACUGGCGCACUUUCCAACAAGUGUCAUUGAUUUUGCCAGGCAAAAAGCAGCGGAACUAGAAGACUUUCAAGGCAGUACGGCGCAGUUAGGUGAUGGAGUGUUAGAUUCAGAGACUGGUACAUCGCCCGCAAAAAGACGGCGCCUGGCCAAGCAGGACGGUGAAGAAAUUAUCAAAGAGUUUCUCGGUCAAGUCGCAAAGUUGCCAGUCGAAACCAUGACGGAAAAGCAAACAGCCUGUGAAGUGUCGAAAUUAAAGGAACAGGUCCUGGCCAGAAAUAACCCUUACAUCCAAGAACUUCUUGCCAAAUAGGAAUAACAAAAAGACAAGUGGACAAGGGCCGCUUUAGUUUGUGACGGUUCCUCGUAAAGCGUAAAUAUACAGUUUAAGUUCCGAAGACCUAUCGAUUCUUGACCAAUCACACUUGCGGGCGAACUCGCACAGUUGUCACGUGAGCGUGUCGUUCCCAGAAUACGUUUUGUUACCUGGCAACUGCUGGCUAAGACUGUGGGCUUUAAAGAUUUCGUAUUUGUUCUUCAGACUGUACUUUUCUAAAGAUGGAGAAAAAAAUAUUCGCAUAUAAAAUUGAACAAAUGCUUUCGUAGGACUGGAACAUUCCGGAUAAAUGUUCUCGCUGGAAUGAGUGGGAGACUGUCCAAGUUGUUCAGUUUUAUAACGCUUUUUGGAAACGAGACCAAACCCUUCCCUGGAAAUUUCUCUUCCAUUUCCUCCAAUGACGACUUAGAUAACAAGAAAACCAUCUAGCGGGGGGUUUUUCUUCGAAAGUGGAAAACGCUGGCAACUUAAUCGUAUCAUCGCACGGGAAAAAGUUUCCGUAACAGCAGCUUGUAGACGCGCAUUUUGACAGUUGUGAAAGAUAAACUAUCUGUAAUCGUAAAGAGAAAUCUAUAGACGUUGAGUAGUAAGAAAUAUUCCAGAAUAAAGUUAAUAGAUCAUA